AUGGGAAAUCAAAAUGGAAGAGAAAAUCGUUCAUCACCUAAUUUAAAAAGUCGACGUUCAAUUUCAAAACCAUUUUUAAAUCUAUCAUCUCAUUCAGAAUCACCGUUAUUAUCGUCGUCGUCUUCGACAACACACACAAACACUAUAUUGGAUGAUAUAUCAGUUCAUAGUCAAGGUUCAUUUCGUGUAACGCCAUGUGGUACUUUAGUUCAUUCAUCAAAUAACAAUAAUAACAACAAUCAAGAGUUUUUACUAACAGCUGAUAAACGUUGGCUAUCACGUGAAUUACUAUCUCAAUGUGACACAACACCCACAACGUCUUCCUCAUUUAUAAGUAGUUGUCAUUUACAUCACAAUCAUAGUUUACCCAACGAUUACGUUCUUUCUUCAUCGUCAGCAAUCAUAUCAAAUGAUCCAAAUUCAUGUUGUUUACAAAAUGUGUAUGUUGCUCUACACGCAUUUCAGGGCUCGGACGACAAACAGUUGACUUUAGCGGUGGGAGAUCAUCUCAUUAUUAUUGGCUGUAACAAUAGUAGUGAAUGGUGUGAAGUGAAAAAUUUUCGUGGUGAAACAGGCUGGGUACCAAAAUCAUUUAUUCGGCCGCUAGAUUCAUUAGAUAGACAUUCUUGGUUUCAUGGUAAAGUGUCUAGAUGUGAAGCUGAAUAUUUACUUACUCAAGGAAUUAAUGGAAGUUUCUUAGUGCGUGACAGUGAGACAGUACCUGGACAACUGUCUAUUAGUGUACGUUAUGAAGAGCGUAUAUAUCAUUAUCGCAUAAAUAAGGAUGAAAAUGGUCAAUAUUAUGUUAGCACGGAAUUUCGUUUUCAAAAUUUACAACAAUUAAUUUAUCAUCAUUCAACCAAAACCGAUGGACUUGUACAUUUACUGCUAUAUCCAAUAAGUAAACAAAAAAAUCAACCACCAUUGUUUAAAAUAGAUGAUAAAUGGGAGAUAGCAAGAUCAGAAAUUAUUAUGCAAUGUAAAGAAGGAGGAGGACAAUACGGCGAUGUAUACAAGGCACUUUGGAAAAGGUACAAUAAAAUUGUUGCGGUUAAAACAUUAAAAGAAACAAUGAAUGUUACAGAUUUUAUUGAUGAAGCAUGCGUUAUGAAAGAGAUGAAACAUCCUAAUUUAGUUCAGUUAUUAGGCGUUGUUACAUUAGAGCCACCUUACUAUAUUAUCACAGAAUUUAUGCCGUACGGAUGUUUAUUGGAUUAUUUGAAGAAACGUUCUCGCUCCGAAUUAACAUCAACCGUUUUAAUGUAUAUGGCCGGGCAAAUAGGAUCAGGAAUGACAUAUUUAGAGCAAAAGAAUUUUAUUCAUAGAGAUUUAGCAGCAAGAAAUUGUUUAGUAGGCGAGAAACAUUUGGUGAAAGUAGGCGAUUUUGGUCUCGCUAGACUCAUUCAAUGUGAAAAUCAUUAUACGGCCAAAUUAGGUGCAAAAUUUCCAAUAAAGUGGACUGCACCGGAAGGAUUAGCGUUUAAUCAAUUUUCUACAAAGUCGGAUGUGUGGAGUUUCGGUAUUCUGCUUUAUGAAAUUGCUACAUAUGGCUCUUCGCCGUAUCCAGGAGUCGAAUUAUCUGAUGUUUAUCAUUUAUUAGAGACCGGCUGUCGGAUGCCCUGUCCAGAAGGUUGUCCAGUCGAUGUUUAUAAUUUAAUGCAGAAAUGUUGGCGAUGGAAUCCUGAUGAACGGCCGACUUUUAAAGAGAUACAUGCUGAACUUGAUUGUAUGACAUCUGUUGGUUUUCAUAAUCAAGAAAAUGGUACAUCCCGAGCAGUUGAUUAUGGUCCAUCAGCACAGAGACUUCGUCCUACCAUACCUCCUCCAAGACCACCGGCUAGAACAUGUUCAUUUAAAGAUGCAAUGAACGUGACACCACCUCCUCCGCCAGCCUCCGCCCAUCGGUCACUUUUAGCACGUUUUCUUCCAUCACCUUUAGUUGCUCAGCCGUCAUCAACAUUCACUUCAUCCAUUAUAAGCCAUCCUGUUGAUCAAAUUAUCUUAGAACAUCCGUCUGAAUUUAACAAUACAAAAUUACCAAUACCACCAACAGCGUCACAACAACAACAGGAAACAACGAAUCAACCAAAUAUAAUUACAACACCGCAAAAUAAGGAUAAAUUAAGAGUGGAUCGUCCAAGAAAUAUAAAUCCUGAAGCUCGCCUAUCAACAUUUAGUAGUAAAAAACCACUAUCGACAAUACAAAACUCAACAUCAACAACAUUUUCAUCAACGGCGUCUACAACAGCAAAUAAUUCAUUUCCAAAAGAAGUUGAUCAACAACAACCAAUUUGUGAUAAUUCAUCACGAUUAAUAACAUCAAAUAACGAUGUCCUACCAUCAGAAAGUGAUGAAACAUCAAUGACAAGAAAAACGAAAGAUGAAACUGUAAAACAGGAUAAAUUGAAUAAAAAAGCAAAUAGGGUGAAAUCCAAUACAUCGCUCGAUAUAAUAUCCUCGUCAAAUAAGCUUAAUAGUGACUCUAAAUCUCCCAAACACAACCUUCCUCCGCCGCCAGAAGCAUCCACGCCAGAAUUUUGUCGCAUAAAUCUACGUCGUACAACUGGUUUACCAACAGCAAAAGUUGUUUCAUCACCUUCUUCAUCAACUUCUUCUUCUAGUGGUGAUAAUAAAACCGAUACGUUGACAACAUCAUGUCCUCCGGGCACUCUUCCAUUUGAAAAUAAUGCUAUUGAAACAACAUCGUCUAAUGUUGGUAACGCUAUUCGUUUGUUUUCUGAAUAUGCUUCUAGUCGAUGUCAAGAUUCUGCUAAACAAUCAUCCACAACAGUCGUAAACACAUGUACAGAUAAUGAGACUAAUCAAACAGAUAUGAUGCGUUCAUUGCUAGAAUGUAUUCAACUAUUAAUGAAAAAUUUGAGACAAAUACAUAAAAUUCGUCGAACAAAAGUAUCGUCGAGUAUGACAAUCGACGAUGAUACAGCAGUAGUAACGAAAGAAAAUAUUGGAAAUAAAAAUUCAAUUACAACAUCUACAAUUACAUUUGUCAAUGAUUUGAAUCAUUUCGGUGAACGUGUUUGUCAAAUAAAAGUAUCACCACAAAUUGCAUUUCGUUUACGUGAACAUGUUCAACAAAUACGUGAUACAGCCGCACAACUACUGUCUAGCACAACAAAUGAUGAUUCAACUAUAGCAUCAGCGACAACAAUUGUUUCUUCAUCCGAUGAAGACGUCACAUUGACAAAAUUAACACGAAUAUUACAAGAUAUUAAACAGAUACUUGAUAAACUAUAG